AUGAGCAAGCCGGCUGGAUCAACAAGCCGCAUUUUAGACAUUCCCUGCAAGGUGUGUGGCGACCGCAGCUCGGGGAAGCACUACGGGGUCUACGCCUGCGACGGCUGCUCGGGGUUUUUCAAACGGAGCAUCCGAAGGAAUCGGACGUAUGUCUGCAAGUCUGGAAACCAGGGAGGCUGCCCGGUGGACAAGACGCACAGGAACCAGUGCAGGGCGUGUCGCCUGAAGAAGUGUUUGGAAGUCAACAUGAACAAAGAUGCCGUGCAGCAUGAGCGCGGGCCCCGCACGUCCACCAUCCGCAAGCAAGUGGCCCUCUACUUCCGCGGGCACAAGGAGGAGAACGGGGCGGCGGCGCAUUUCCCCUCGGCCGCCCUGCCCGCGCCCGCCUUCUUCACCGCGGUCACCCAGCUCGAGCCGCACGGCCUGGAGCUGGCCGCGGUGGCUGCCACCCCGGAGCGGCAAACCCUCGUAAGCCUGGCUCAGCCCACGCCCAAGUACCCCCACGAAGUGAAUGGGACCCCCAUGUAUCUCUACGAGGUGGCCACUGAGUCCGUGUGUGAAUCUGCCGCCAGGCUUCUCUUCAUGAGCAUCAAGUGGGCCAAGAGUGUGCCUGCUUUCUCCACGCUGUCUUUGCAAGACCAGCUGAUGCUUUUGGAAGAUGCUUGGAGAGAACUGUUUGUUCUAGGAAUAGCACAAUGGGCCAUUCCGGUUGAUGCUAACACUCUACUGGCUGUAUCUGGCAUGAAUGGUGACAACACAGAUUCCCAGAAGCUGAACAAGGUCAUAUCUGAAAUACAGGCUUUGCAAGAGGUGGUGGCUCGGUUUAGACAACUCCGGUUGGAUGCUACUGAAUUUGCCUGUCUGAAAUGCAUCGUCACUUUCAAAGCUGUUCCCACACACAGUGGUUCUGAGCUGAGAAGUUUCCGGAACGCUGCCGCCAUUGCAGCUCUUCAAGACGAGGCUCAGCUAACUCUCAACAGCUACAUCCAUACCAGAUACCCCACUCAACCCUGUCGCUUUGGAAAACUCCUGUUGCUCUUGCCAGCUUUACGUUCUAUUAGCCCAUCAACCAUAGAAGAGGUGUUUUUCAAAAAAACCAUCGGCAACGUGCCAAUCACAAGACUGCUUUCAGAUAUGUACAAGUCCAGUGACAUCUAA